CCGGGGCCGGAGCCGGAGCCGAGGCCGGGGCCGGGGCCGGGGCGGGGAAGAUGCCACAGUCGGCGUCUCGGAAGAGCGCGGUCCUGGGCUGCCGGCGUCGGGGAAACUGAAAAUGGCCUUUCAGCUAUGCUAGGUCUAUAAUGGGAAGUGUCACAAUUCGGUAUUUCUGUUAUGGAUGCCUUUUUACAUCUGUGACCUGGACAGCUCUGCUCUUUGUUUAUUUCAACUUCAGUGAAGUGACUCAGCCGCUUAAGUAUGUGCCCAUCAAGGGGUCUGGGCCCCAUGGGCCAUUCCCUAAAAAAUUCUAUCCCCGCUUCACACGAGGUCCAAGUCGAGUGUUAGAGCCAGAGUUCAGAGCACACAGGAUGGGCGCCAUGAUGGACGAUCAUAUUGAAGAUCCAGAAAAAGGCAACGUGAAGUUCUCCCCUGAAUUGGGUAUGAUUUUUAACGAACGGGACCAGGAGUUGAGAGACUUGGGCUACCAGAAACACGCCUUUAAUAUGCUUAUCAGUAACCGCCUGGGCUACCAUAGAGAUGUGCCAGACACCAGGAAUGCGGCAUGUAAAGAGAAGUCCUACCCACUUGAUCUUCCAGCUGCUAGUGUUGUCAUCUGUUUCUACAACGAAGCGUUUUCGGCCCUGCUGAGGACGGUGCACAGCGUCACAGACCGGACCCCAGCACACCUUCUUCAUGAGAUCAUCCUGGUGGACGACGAUAGCGAUUUGGAUGAUUUGAAAGGAGAGCUAGAUGAAUACGUCCAAAAAUACCUCCCCGGAAAAACGAAAGUAAUAAGGAAUAAGAAGCGCGAGGGACUGAUUCGGGGAAGGAUGAUUGGCGCGGCCCAGGCGACAGGAGAAGUCCUGGUGUUCCUCGACAGCCACUGUGAGGUGAACGAGAUGUGGCUGCAGCCCUUGCUGGCUGCCGUCCGCGAGGACCCUCACACUGUGGUGUGCCCGGUGAUCGACAUCAUCAGCGCCGACACACUCCUGUACAGCUCGUCUCCUAUUGUGCGAGGCGGGUUCAACUGGGGCCUGCACUUCAAAUGGGAUCUCGUUCCCUUUGAUGAGCUGGGAGGACCUGAAGGAGCUACUGCACCAAUAAAGUCGCCGACCAUGGCUGGAGGGCUGUUUGCCAUGAACAGACACUAUUUCAGUGAACUAGGGCAGUACGACAGCGGCAUGGAUAUCUGGGGAGGAGAAAACUUGGAGAUAUCAUUUAGGAUCUGGAUGUGUGGAGGUAAGCUCUUCAUCAUCCCUUGCUCUAGAGUAGGGCAUAUCUUCCGGAAGAGGCGCCCGUACGGGUCUCCUGAGGGGCAGGACACCAUGACCCACAACUCCCUGCGGCUGGCCCACGUCUGGCUGGAUGAGUACAAGGAGCAGUAUUUUUCCUUAAGACCUGAUCUGAAGACCAGAAGCUAUGGGAACAUAAGUGAGCGUGUUGAACUGAGGAAGAAGUUGGGUUGUAAAUCAUUUAAGUGGUAUUUGGAUAAUAUUUACCCAGAGAUGCAGGUAUCUGGGCCCAAUGCCAAACCACAGCAACCCAUUUUUAUUAAUAGAGGGCCCAAACGCCCCAAAGUCCUUCAGCGUGGAAGGCUCUAUCACCUCCAGACCAACAAAUGCCUGGUGGCCCAGGGCCGCCCAAGUCAGAAAGGAGGCCUGGUGGUGCUGAAGGCGUGCGACUACGGUGACCCGAACCAGGUUUGGGUUUAUAACGAAGAGCACGAAUUAGUUUUAAAUAAUCUCCUUUGCCUGGAUAUGUCAGAAACUCGCUCAUCAGACCCACCACGACUCAUGAAGUGCCAUGGGUCAGGAGGAUCCCAGCAAUGGACCUUUGGGAAGAAUAAUCGGCUGUACCAGGUGUCAGUUGGACAGUGCCUGAAAGUGGUUGAUCCGCUGAGUCAGAAAGGCUAUGUUGCUAUGGCAAUCUGUGACGGCUCCUCCUUACAACAGUGGCAUUUGGAAGGUUAGGGUGGAGGCCUUUGACUGGGACGAAUGGUGGAUUCAUUAGGCUUUGCUGUCUCUGAAAAUAUGAUGCUUUGGAAAGAAUAAUGUUGGUACAGGGAAAACACUCCGCUGACUUCUUGAUUGAGCAGAAGUACCGGGAGAGGAUGAACGUUUUCUAGUCCUCUGUGGAGACGCCUGGGAAGACCGGCAGAGGUCAGGCGGUGGGUUCGCAGGGGAGCGGAGCACCAUGUGCCGCCAGCCGAUGAAGAAGAACACUUCACCAGGACAUUAACGUUUCUGAGCUGCUGGUGAGGAGUUUCUUGCUUAGAGAGGGAAGCUGGAAUGGAAUUUUAAUUCAGAAGACUUGGUUUUGUACAAAAGAACAAAACCCAAGAAAUAGACGUUUCUCUUCAGAUUCAUUUAUGUUCCUUUUUAAUCCCUCUUAGUGAUGGAAUGGUUUUUAGCUGAUCAGGAACUUGUCAUGAUUUUCUUUCUUAGGAGACUUCAUAGGAGUUAGCUAUUUUAUUUUGCUUCUGUUAUCAUUGGUUUAAUAUGUUGUAAGUAAUUUUUAAAGCUGAUUAAAUCUACAUUACUUUUAACUUCAGAGGCAUCAUUUAUAAGACAAUAUUUAAGAGGCAGUUAACUAUUAUAAAUUAUUUUGAUGAAUGAUAAUAUUAUCUACAUUUAAAAUAAAGAGUCCUUUUGAUUACAU